AAUUAAUUACAAAAGAAAAAAGAAACAGGGAAGAAGGGAAAGAAGAGGAAGAAACAAAACAACAAAAACAAAAUCGAAAUUGAAAUAGACACAAGAAAACAAGCUGUUUCCGGAUAAAAGUGUGGCAUAAGGGACAUAGGAACAAGCCUACGAUACACAAGAAAAGACAUUUGAAAAUAGCACCCAUCUCCUCAAAGAGAAACCACCCAUAACAACCGACCCUCUCGUGUUCCUUUACCACCGAAAACCUAACAUUCCCCCCUUUUCACCUCCCUCUAACAUACGCCUCUCUCCUUAUCAUCCGCCCCCAACCUCUUAUCCUGCGCACCCGCACCCCUUUUACCCUCAUCUCAUAUAAUCCCAAUCAAUCAUCACAUCAUUCUUUGAUUCCUCGGUUUAGGACUUGGGAGUUUUAGGGUCUUUAAAAAAGUGUUUGUUUCUAAGGAAAACAAAGGAAAGCGAUCACCUUUUUUCUUAAAGCUAAUAUGACUUCAUCAGGUUGUAAAUUUGGGAUUUUACGGUGGCGUAAGAUUUUGGGUUUUGUUAUGACGAGAGAUGUCUAAUGCUUUAGGGAUUGAUGAAUCUGCUUUCGGCCUGCUGGAAGCCAUUUGGGCAUGAAGGGGAAAAUCACGAGACAAACGGCUUUCUAGGCGGCGGCAAUGGUGGUGGCUCAAGGGAAGGUAAAGACGGCUUGCUUUGGAUUCGGGAUAUAGGGAAAUAUGGUUCGGGAGAUUUUUCCAUGGCCGUGGUCCAAGCAAACCAGGUGCUUGAGGAUCAGAGCCAGAUCGAGUCCGGCCAAUUUGGCACUUUUGUUGGGAUCUAUGAUGGACACGGCGGGCCCGAGGCGGCUCGUUACGUCUGCGAUCACUUGUUUAGGCACUUUAAAGCAACAACAGCCAAGUCACUGGGAGUUGUGAGUGCUGAGACCAUUCAAAGAGCUUUUCGUCAAACAGAAGAAGGGUUUACUGCCCUUGUGUCAGAGUUAUGGAAUACACAACCAAAUAUGGCAACAGUUGGUACAUGCUGUCUGGUUGGAGUAAUAUAUCAGAAAACACUUUUUAUUGCAAAUCUUGGUGAUUCACGUGCUGUGCUGGGCAAGAAAGAUGGAAACACUGGAGGAAUGGCUGCUAUGCAGUUGUCAAUAGAACACAAUGCAAAUAUUGAGGCUAUCAGGGAUGAACUUAAGGAAUUGCACCCAAAUGAUCCGCAAAUCGUUGUCCUCAAGCAUGGAGUUUGGAGGGUAAAGGGCAUUAUUCAGGUUUCUAGAUCUAUGGGCGAUGUUUAUAUGAAACAUGCAUGGUAUAACAGGGAACCAAUUAACGAAAAAUUCAGACUUCCUGAACCAAUGAACAUGCCUAUAUUGAGUGCCGAUCCAACCAUUAUUUCCCAUGCUCUCCAACCAAGUGAUUCUUUCCUUAUAUUUGCAUCUGAUGGUCUAUGGGAACACUUGAGUAAUGAAAAAGCUGUGGAUAUUGUCCACAGUCAUCCACGUGCAGGGAGUGCCAAAAGGCUGGUCAAGGCUGCCCUACAAGAAGCAGCCAGAAAACGAGAAAUGAGAUAUUCAGAUCUAUGGAAGAUUGACAAGAAGAGAUGCUGUCCAAGACCCUCCAGUAUCCAUUCGAAGUGCACUGGAACACACAUAAUUCAAAAAAACCAAAGAGAUUUUCUUCUGGUUUUUGCCCAACACCCAUACAAAACUGCACCAACAACACUAGACAUUUCAUGAUGCACCGCUGUAGCAGAUGCACUGCUUUGAUACUGAUAUAGACAGCACUUGUUUCGAGCGGAUUCAAAUUUGUAAAAUUUUAACCUCCAUUUACUAUAAAUUCUGUGCAAUUCCUCAGUAUAAUCUAAUUAAAUGCAAGUGAUCUUUGCCUUAGAUGGCAUUCUGUGAUC